AUGCAGCAGUGGAUUCUGGGUAGCAGUCAAACACCAGUGCUUUCCGAGCACCGUGCCACCCUGAUCACGGGGAUAACAACUCUAGAAUCCCCUACCGUCCAGGGCAGUACAGACACUGUCUACACCAACGUACCAAACUUUAUGAGCUUGAGGAUCAACUGGAUAAGUUCGUACCAGCCUAUUGGUCUACCAGACCCUAGUGGUGGUGGACAUCCCUACAUCCAAAGCAUUAGGCUUGGUGUUGUGGAGGCACGAGCCACGGCCGUUGUGAAUCACCUGGUAUCCUGUGCAAUCACAUUCAACUUGAAUUACAACACGUGGACACCAGCUACAGGAGAUGUACUGAGGUAUUAUGUACGUUCAACAAGUGGUGGCUGCUUGAAACUCUAUGACAGAGACAAUUCAAACAGUAUUAUCACGCGCUACUACAGCGGAAGGACAUCCUCCACCUUCUCAACUUUCACCUUUGACUUUGAUGACCCUUACCACUGCGUGGAUGUUAGCAGAGGAUGCCGGAGGACUAUGCUGGAUACACAGAAUGAUGUUACCUCACAGGAAACAAUUAAUGUAUCUUGGCAAGGCUGGACAGACGAUCUCGCUGGCAUAAAAGAAUACGAACUUCAAGUGCGACAGCUGUCAGGUAGCCAUGGUAACCAGCUGACAGAAAUUUUUGACAGUCCCGCCGCUUAUUCCGGAGUAGCACGAUCCGGUCAAAAUGUCACUUUGCCUUAUCCUGGCGUUUAUUCUGUCAUCCUCAGUGCUGUCGACAAUGCCGGCAAUGUCAAACAUAGCAGACGCUUUGUGUUCUUUGACGACGAUCCAGACGACAUCACCAUUCAGAGUAAUUUCUCCCUGUGCGUGGUCUCGGCGACUGAAGAAACCGACUUCGUUUGGUUGACCAAUCUAGACCCCAGCGAAGGGGCGACAUUCGUGCAGCUUGAUUGGACAGGGCAUUUCAUCAAUGAACGUCAUCACAGCCAAGGAUGGUUGAAGCCCAUUUGGUCCUAUGUUACUGGUACCAUUGAUUCUGAUUAUGAUCAGCACUUUGGGAAGCGGGGCCGUGCAGCCGUCCCUAACGCCCUCGGUGUGACCGAAUUCCGCGUCUUAUACGACAUCGACCACAGUGGUGGAAGGAACGCCGUCAACAUGAGUGAUGACAACUCUGGCAACUGGAGUAGUGAAGGCACAAACACACAGGCGAGCUAUAACCUGACCUUAGUGGACGGCGAUUCCAUUCGGUUCUGGGUGGAGGCCAGGGACCUAGCUGGUCACUUUGUGAGGGACAGUGUGUUGGUUCACGCUGAUUCAUCUCCGCCAGUCAUUGAAGAUUUGUUGUCAGUGCCAAAGUUGGCGGGCAUAAGUGUGGAAUGGAGGACUUACGACAUUCACAGCGGAGUAAGGACCAUCGAGUGGCUUCUCUUUGACAACCACACCGGCACAGAGAUAGAACAUGGCAACCAGACAGUGCAAGCCAAGAAAGUCAAUGCGGAUUUUGAGGACUGUGAGUCCGACAGGUGCUUGUGUAUCCCUAUCGGCGACUGUUAUGAUGCUGACUAUGGGAUCAACAUAGACGCAUCCAACACUGAAGGCAACUUCGACUACUUCCUCACGUUGACUGUCACAAAUCAUGCAAGACUUGCAUCAUCCAAGACAAUCAAAAUAAAUAGCAUGGUGACUCAGGAUAAUGUGGAGCAAACAGCUGAAUCUCUCGCCACGUUGACCAAUGACACGUCUUCAGUUGAUGACAAUUCGGUAGCCUCUGCCGCUGACAUUCUGGAUAGCAUUGUGAACAUUCAAGACACGUCGCCAGAGGUGACAGCGAGUGUUGUCAAGGUGGUCAACAACCUCCUCCAAGUUGAUGCCAAGAAAUUAAACGACACGUCAAGGGUGGCCAACUCCUCCUCGCGCGUUGUCCAAGCCUUGGAGAAGCAGAUCUCCAACGUCCUCGCGGCAGGAAAGAACGUCAGCGAGAUCAGGACCAGCGUCGCUGUCGUGGCGAUGAAUUUCGACCCCGAGUUACUCAGCAACGGGGUCGGGUUUAGGGCUAUUUCUGGGGGAAACGACAGCGAUUCCCUGGCCGAUGACGACAUCGGUGUUUACCAAGGUUCCGAUGAUGAGAUCCCCUUGGAGGAGGUUGAAGCAUCCAUAGAACUCCCUGCAGAGAUACUAAAGAAUCAUCCUCCAGGUAGCGCUGUGCCCAUUAGUUUUGUCAUGUAUGACAGCAGUAACCUCUUCCGCUCCAAACUGAUAGACAACAGUCAGUCCACGGACUCUCCCCGUACCAUCGGCAGUCGAAUCGUAUCUGCCAGUGUGCUGAAUACUGUCAUCAAUGGCCUCCCACCAGAAAGUCCCGUGGUCAACGCUUUCAACCUGCGAGUAAGUCAGUUGACAGGUCCCAAUGAAGACCCAGAUCGAUUGGAGCAAUGUGUCUUCUGGGACUUCAAUCUUCGUGACGGCAUCGGUGAUUGGUCGACUGAAGGCUGCAGGAAGGGACCUGCCGUCAACGGGCGAACAGUAUGCCUGUGUGACCACGCCACCAACUUCGCUGUCCUGGUGAAUAUUCACGGUCAGAAGUAUGACAGUUUUGCCUUGGAUGUCAUCAGCAAGCUUGGGUGUAGUGUCUCUAUCGUGGCACUCGUUAUCACCAUCCUCAUAUAUUCGGCCACAAGGUCGUUGAGAUCGAAGACAGCCAGCCAUAUCCUCAUCAGUUUCUGCUGCUCCUUGCUGCUCCUGUACCUCGUCUUCUUGGCCGGUGUCGAGAAGACCUCCUCCUCCUCCCGCGCUGGAUGCAUUGCUGCAGCUGUCUUGAUGCACUACUUUGCCCUGACCUCCGUGGCAUGGAUGGGCGUAGAGGCUGCUAACCUGUACCUGAAGUUGGUUAAGAUCUUCAAUGCUGACGUGGAGCACUUCAUGAUCAAGGCGUCCCUUGUAGCCUGGGGAUUUCCUGCACUUGUCAUCACUGUGAUUUUGGCAGUGGAUUAUGAGCAGUACAAUAAUGAACACAGUUGCUUCUUAAAGCCUGGGGCUGCUUUCUACUACGGCCAGCUGCUCAUCAUUGGUAUCAUCCUCCUGUUCAAUGUUGUCGUCUUCGUGCUCGUCCUCCGUAAGCUGACUUGCAGUGCGAGCAAAAUCAAGGACACCUCCGAGGGUAACAGCAAGCGAGCUAAGGUCGUGAAGCGCCUGCAGAACAUGGCAUCAGUCUCUGUCCUACUUGGCCUGACCUGGGUCUUCGGUCUGCUGUCCAUCUUCGAGGCUUCCAGUUUCGCCUUCCAGUGGAUCUUUGCUGUGGUGAACUCACUUCAGGGCCUGCUCAUCUUUCUGCUGUUUGUCGUUCGCCAGGAGAAGGUCCGAGAACAUGUGAGUAACCUGGUAAGAGGAAAGAAGGAGGGACACCUGAGCAGCACCUUCCGUACUGGUAAGUACACGAUUAGCACAAGAGGAGAGGGCAGUUCCGUGCAAGAUCCAUCUACUAAAGUUUGAG